CAUUGUCAAGAAUCUGGUAGGGCAGGUAAGUCAUUCAGCGAACUGGAAAGGGUAUUCUGACUCCACCUUCAACAGAGACAUCUUUAUAAGCGAAGGAAACGCUCAACCGUCUUUAUUCAACCUUACAACCCGAGCUGAUCUGACCUGCUCCUGAAAAACUUCAACUCUUCUGCCGCCGUUCGAGUGACUCAAACUAGACCUCAUCAUGGUGUCAAUGGGACGACAGAUGCUGGGCUUCGCCCUGGGCAUCAUUGGCUUCUUGGGGACCAUCAUUGUGUGCGCCCUGCCCAUGUGGAAGGUCACAGCCUUCAUCGGAGCCAACAUUGUGACGGCGCAGGUCAUCUGGGAGGGCUUAUGGAUGAACUGCGUGACACAGAGCACAGGACAGAUGCAGUGCAAGAUCUACGAUUCCCUGCUGGCUCUACCCGAGGACCUCCAGGCGGCUAGGGCCCUUGUGGUCAUCGCCAUCAUCGUCUCUGCUUUUGGGGUCAUCUUGGGUGUCAUCGGAGGCAAGUGCACCAACUUCGUGGACAACGAACACUCCAAAGCCAAGGUGGCCAUUGCCGCUGGAAUCGUUUUUAUUUGCGCCGGCGUUCUUAUCCUCAUCCCCGUCAGCUGGUCCGCCAACACCAUCAUCAGGAAUUUCUACAACCCCAUCCUGACCAACGCCCAGAGGAGGGAGCUGGGGGCCGCGCUCUACAUCGGCUGGGGCACAGCUGGGCUUCUCAUCCUGGGUGGUGCCCUCCUCUGCAGCUCCUGCCCACGCAAAGAAAGCCCAGAGUAUCCGGUCAAGUACGCCGGCGCCAGGUCCGCAGCCACCAGCCGGGAAUAUGUCUGAGAGGUCUGUUCUCCUGAAAAAAAGACUUCUAAUUAUCUUAGUUUUUAUGAGUAAUCCUCCUUCGUUGUGAUUUUCUGAAAGCACCACAAGUUGUGUCUCACUUUUUUUUUAAAGUGACUGAGAUUUUGGGAGAAAUUAUGAUUUCACUGAGGCAAGAGAAAGUGUUUCUUGCUGAACAAGAACCAAUACAAAUAAUGUGGUGUGAAGAAAGAAAUCUCCCAGCAGCAUGCUGACUGGACUGAAUGAGUCGUUAUAUAUAAUGCUUGUAUCAAACCUAUCUCCUCUCUGUAAAUGCAAAUUGAAGCUGUGAUAGAACGAUGUUAAUGGUCAACAAGAGCUAUGAUAGAAGGAAGCUUGUACAGUACCCUUGAUGCUUUGUGAAUUUACUGUAUAGAAUAUUUUACACAUAUCGUUGUUCAAAUGCAAUGACUGUUUUUAUUUAAUAAAACAUUUGCUUAAGUGACA